AUGGCUUUCUCCUUCGGCAUUGGUGACGCUGUCAUUCUCUCGACAGUUGCCCUUCGACUAGGGCAAGCAUUCAGCUCGGGGCGUAGAUCAGCACCUUCGGAAUUCAUAGAAGUUCAAGAUUUGCUCUACAACCUGAGCAAAGCGUUGGAGCUCCUCGGCCAGCAUGUGGUACCGCGAAAUGAUAGCGCAAGAAUCUUGGAGGCUAUGGCGAGCAGUGCCGGGGACGAACCGUCGCUCCGAGAUAAUGUCCUAGCACACAUGAUGCACAAUUGCAAAGGAGUGCUCAAACAUCUGGAAACACUAGUCGACAAGUAUAUGGAGCUGGACGAGACGCGGAGGGAGACGGAGCUGAGCUACCGCCAGAGAUGGCGCAAGGAUCUACUGCAGAACUGGAAGAAGAUCCGAUGGACGACAGAAGGCGGAAAUCUAGACAAGUUAAGGAGCACGCUGACAGUCCAUGUCAACGGGUUGAAUAUGGCAGUUAACGCUCUGAAUAACUCUCAGAGUCAGAAAAUGGGGAAGCAAGUUCAUGGCAUACACGAUAUGCUCGAAGAGAUAUACCAGUGGUUCGUUGCCAAUCAGCAACGCCCGAGAACAGAUCCUACAGCACAGAUCCCAUCAAGGGUUAGCCAGCCGAAUACAGAGUCAGACCCAAGCUUGACUUUCACCGUCUACGCAGAGACGUCAAGCAGUGCCAACAAAUCCCUUCUCUGUCCAAAAGCUUCGUUCCAUCCGGAAUGGCUUAAGAGCUGGGGGCGUGCUGGCGGUUCGAGGAUUUUUCGUUGCGUUUGCCGCCGGCCUGAUGAUUACUCUUCUGGAGACCUUCAUGAGCGGCAGCUGGGGUGUGCACUACUAACCGUCAGCCUUAUCGUCAGAGUAGCAGGCCGCCAACCUGUCUGGCAGCUGUUCGUCGCUUCUAGCAGCCUACCUGGACCCAUCUCUUUACUUCUCACGGGGUUCAUGCCUUCCGCACUUGGCGAGUUCGAAUCGCAUAUCAAUCAGCUCGCCCUUGCUCAAGGACGGCAGUGCCUGAGUAGUGGCAUUAGUUCAAUGCUAACAUACCUUUCAAUGAUCGAAGGAGAACAGAAUGUUUCGAUACUAGACUUGAAAAGGUCCGUGGAAUAUGCUUCGUCUUCUCAGGAAGCGCCUUUGCCGGGGACUGACGGCAGGCUUUUCACAGCUCAAAACAAUCGAAAGGACAAAUUAAAUCCACAUCAUUCAUCUCGAAUGGCCAUCGGUACACGCAACACUCUGUCGAUCCCUGCAAACCAUGGACUCCUCCAUCAGCCUCAUUGCGAGCUUAUACUCAAUCUCAACUCUACUAAUGAAGCAGCGGAAACAGACUCUCACAUCUGCCGCCUUAUCCUCAAUAUUGACCGGAAUACACAAUUCGAUUAUGUGACCAAUUCGCGUCUAAUACGCAUGUCCGACGUACCAUGCACUGCGGAAAGAGACAACAGAGAACCAGAGCAGGUGUUAUGUACAGGUGUGGAGCUAGAACAUGUUAGCAUCUCGGCAGCGGAGACGUUUUUCUCUAGCCUUCACGCAAUUCAGCAGGAGCUUCUUAUUCACUAUCUCCGCUUCCCUAGAACCGGAGAGAUUAUCGUCUUCCAGCGUGCCGCUGGUGAUCUCAUGAUUCGCGAUUUCUACCUACCCGACGCCCAAAUGUCCCUGAUCCUCGACCCUUCGACAAUGGAACAUCGUAUGAUCCUUCUCAGCGGUUGCCAUUCAGUCUCCAUAUGCAUAGAAUGCAAGUAA